AUGUUGUCGGCACGAUUGGCAGCGCGCCAGCUGCCCCGGCUGGGCCGCCGGACGUUUGCUACCGUCAAUGACAGCCCGCUCACCAAGAAGGUCGAGAUGACCAACUCGGAGAAGGGCCACUACAUCAACUACGCCGGCAUGAACGAGAACCUCAAUAUUGUGCGGAAACGCCUGAACCGACCUCUCACAUACGCCGAGAAGAUCCUAUACUCGCAUUUGGAUGACCCGCAUGGUCAGGACAUUGAGCGUGGCAAGAGCUACUUGAAGCUCAGGCCGGACAGAGUCGCGUGUCAAGAUGCCACAGCUCAGAUGGCUAUUCUGCAGUUCAUGAGCGCUGGCAUGCCCAGUGUAGCAACACCCACAACUGUCCACUGUGACCACUUGAUUGAGGCACAGGUCGGUGGUGAGAAGGAUCUUGCCCGUGCAUACGACAUCAACAAGGAGGUCUACGACUUCCUCUCGUCUUCCUGCGCAAAGUACAACAUCGGUUUCUGGAAGCCAGGCAGUGGUAUCAUUCAUCAGAUCAUCCUCGAGAACUACGCUUUCCCAGGUGCUCUGAUGAUCGGUACUGACUCCCACACUCCCAACGCUGGUGGUCUUGGUAUGGUCGCAGUCGGUGUCGGUGGCGCUGACGCUGUCGAUGUUAUGGCCAACCUUCCAUGGGAGGUCAAGGCUCCAAAGAUCAUCGGUGUUAGACUUACUGGCCAGCUCUCUGGCUGGACAUCGCCCAAGGACAUCAUCCUCCGCGUGGCAGGUAUCCUUACCGUUAAGGGUGGCACUGGCGCUAUCGUCGAGUACUUCGGUCCAGGCACUGAGAACAUCAGCUGCACCGGUAUGGCAACGAUUUGCAACAUGGGUGCCGAAAUUGGUGCCACUACCUCGAUUUUCCCAUUCAACGACCGCAUGUACGACUACCUGAAGGCCACCAAGAGACAGCACAUCGGUGACUUUGCUCGAUCCUACGCACAGGAGCUUCGCGAAGACGAGGGUUGCGAGUACGACGAGAUCAUCGAGAUUGACCUCAACACCCUCGAGCCACACAUUAACGGUCCAUUCACCCCCGAUCUCGCCACGCCACUCAGCAAGUUCAAGGACGCAGUCAAGGAGAACAAGUGGCCAGAAGAGCUGAAGGUUGGCCUGAUCGGUUCCUGCACAAACUCUUCGUACGAGGAUAUGAGCCGUGCUGCAUCUAUUGCACAGGAUGCUCUCGACCACGGCAUCAAGGCUAAGGCUAUGUUCACUGUCACCCCUGGCUCAGAGCAGAUCCGCGCUACCAUUGAGAGAGAUGGUCAGCUCAAGACUUUGGAGGACUUUGGUGGCAUGGUUCUCGCAAACGCUUGCGGACCUUGCAUUGGUAUGUUGUAA